AUGUUGAAGAACGUAUUUUAUCUUGUUGGUGAUGCCGUCCGUUCAACCGGAAAGGCCUUGGAUGUCGUCGGUAGAAAUAUGCAAGGAAACUAUGCAUACGUCGAACAAUUAAAUAGACAAAGUAGAGUUACACCAUUAAGAGGAAAGCUUGCACAUUUGGGUAAGGAUUCAUUUGUUGCACCAAACUCUUCUGUGAUUGGACAAGUUACAAUUGGAAAUAAUAGCGCAUUGUGGUACAACACAGUUGUUCGUGGUGAUGUCAAUCAAAUCACUGUCGGUAACGAAACUUCGAUUGGUGAUCGUACCGUUAUCCACGCUUCAUCCAAGAACGGUCCAAAGGGCGAACAAGCCACUCAAAUUGGUUCACGUGUUUUGGUUGGUUCUGGUGCCAUCCUCCAUGGUUGCGUCAUUGAAGACGGAGCCAACAUUGGAUCAGGUUCCAUUGUCUACGACGGUGCUGUCGUUGAAAAAGGUGCUCACCUCGAAGCCGGUUCAUUGGUUGCCUCUGGCAAGCGUGUCCCAGCCGGUCAAUUGUGGGGUGGCUCACCAGCUCGUUUCAUUCGCGAUGUCACUGCCCAAGAAAAGAGUCACCAUGACACUAUCUUGCAAGACACCAUCACCCUCUCGGCUGAACAUGAGGCUCAACACGCCAAAUCUGCCAAACAACAACAUAUGGAAUACUUGGACUAUUUGGAAGGUAUCGAAGAUGAUAUUAGAGCUCCAAGAAAUAAAUAUCAAGAGCCACAAUAA